AACUAUCUCUUCCGUAUGAUUUUCUUAUGGUCGUGCUUUCAAAAUAGGGUACACAAAAUGGACGGCUUCGAUCAUCUGAUCACAUCACCAUGUAGGCCCCAGUGACCGACAAUACACGGUAGAAUCUAAAUCGCGACAGAUGCAAACCGAACUCUUCGGGAAAGGUCGUACCGGAGCUUCUCGUGCUUUCCAUUCCUUUUGGAUGCCUAGAUAAAUGGUGGGGCCCGCUGUCUCUCUCUCCUUCUCUCGGUUUCUGCUUCCAUCAUUUCACCCCAAGAUAGGAAGAAGAAGAACGUUCUAGAAACUAACAAAAACCCCAAACUCCCUCCUCUCGUUUCCUCUCCUCUCGAUACUCCGCCAUCGACAUCCGGCAAAUCAUCGCCUUCUUCUCAUUGAAAUCAUCGCUUACAGAUCGUUUCAUUUCUAGAGAGGGAUAGAUCGAUUGAGAUCUCUAUCCCUUUAAGAGAUUGAUCGACGGCCAUGGCCCCUCCCGUCGAACAGAAGGGCGAAUCGACGGCUGCAGAUCCACCGCACAGAUCUCUCCCGACGCCAUUCCUGACGAAGACCUACCAGCUCGUCGACGAUUCGUCCGUAGAUGACGUCAUCUCGUGGAACGACGACGGAUCGAGCUUCAUCGUGUGGCGCCCGGCCGAGUUCGCCAGAGACAUUCUUCCCAAAUAUUUCAAGCACAACAACUUCUCCAGCUUCGUACGCCAGCUCAACACCUACGGUUUCCGAAAGGUCGUACCCGAUCGGUGGGAAUUCGCCAACGACUGCUUCCGCCGAGGCGAGAAGCGUCUGCUGUGCGACAUACACCGCCGGAAGAUCUCGCCGUCUCAGCCGACGACGGCUGUGGUUGCGGUGGCUCGCGCCGGAUCGCCGACGAAUUCCGGCGAAGAACCAGUAGUCUCGUCGAGUUCAUCCCCACCACCAGCCACGGCCAGUGGCGACGGGAUCAGAAGCGCGGCGGAGCUGAUGGAGGAGAACGAGCGUCUGAGGAAGGAGAACGCCCAUCUGUCGCAGGAGCUGGGGCAGAUGAAGAGCCUCUGCGAUAACAUCCUGGCUUUGAUGACGGAUUACGCUAGCCGUCAGACGGAGGAGGGCAGUUUUCCGGCGGAGAAACCGCCCGUGAAGCGGUUUCGCGGCGAGUCUGACGGUAACGGCAUCGGUCAGGGCCUAGGGAAGGAGGAGGAGGAGCCAAGUCGGAGUCGGAGUCGGAGCCCGAGUCCGAAUCCAAAUCCAAAUCCUAGGCUGUUCGGGGUUUCCAUCGGCGCGAAGCGUGCGAGAGAAGAAGAGGACGGGGAGGAGGAAAAGGAGAGGGUUGAGAUAAAAUCUGAGCCGUUGGAUUCGAGCUCAGAUCAUGGGGACCGUACGUGGCUGAAAUAUAGCUACCGAUCCAACCACCGAGUCUACGAUUGAUCCACGAAGAGGUGGAAAUAUCUAGAUUCCUUCUCACGUGGUGUCGCACGUGUAAGUGGGCCCAAUCGCGGUGGCUGAAGUUGGGCUCGGAAAUAGCGCCUCAAAGCAUCAGACGAUUGAAUUUUCAAGCGCGUCAUUCAAUCGGACGGUUGGGACUUUUGGCUUGUUGGGCUGGUAUUGGGCUUGUAAGAUGGGCUAGACUUGUAGUUAUCGGCAAUUGCUUUAGAAGGUAAUGCCACGUGUCGAGAUCCUAAUAGCGAAAUGAUAAAGCUGUCUCUUUUCUGGAUUA